AUGACGUCUAAUGAAGAAGUGAUUGAAGUGGCAUGUUGUACAAUAAAACCAUUGUCAUUGGAACCAAUAACUAAUGGAUGUAUGAAAACAGUCAUUUUUGAAAUGUUAAAUUUUCACGAUACGGAUAAAGAAAGAGAUGAUUUUGAAAGUACUGUAUUUUAUAUAUCAUUAAAUGAAAAAUAUUAUAUAAAUAAUAUACUAAAAAAUAAUAAACAAAAAUAUUUGUUAUAUUUUAAUUCAACAAAGCAUACUGCUCAAAACAUAUUUUUGAAUGAUUUCAAUGACUUUACAAUGUUUAAUAGUAAUUGUGAAAUAUUUCCUAAUGAUUUUUUUUAUCGAACAAUGAUAUCACCACAAGUAUUUUUAAAUCAUUGGCCAUAUAGAUGGAAUUUUAUUAUUAAAAAUUAUUGCAAUAUUAAUAAUAAUAUAACAAAAAAUUUUCAUUUUAUUACCUCAAUGACUGAAGGAUUUAGUAACACUUCAUACUCAGUACUUUGUCAAAUACUUUACAAAGGAGAAUUAAUAAAUCAAAAUAAAAAAGUGAUUAGAGUUUGGGAUGGCACAUCAUAUAAUCUACCUAAAAAACAAAUAAUAUCAAAAACUUUUUUUAAAAAUUUUAUGAAAAAAUUUGAUUUAAUUAUUAAUAGUAAAAUUAUUAAUAUUGAUUUUACUGAAACAAAGCCAAUUUCAACUGAAACAUCUACUUUACCAAUUGAUAUAAUUAUUGAUCUUGGAGAUCAUUAUACAGAUGAAUUAUUUGAUAAUAUAGAAAUUGGUGAUUUUCUUUUUAUUAAUAAUGUUAAGAAAACUUUUAAAUAUAAUAGUAAUGUUUUUGAAAUUUCAAUUGAAGAGACAAAUUCUCCAACUUUUUACAGUAUCUACAAAUCACGUACUCAUCCAUCAUUAACAAAAGAAUUUAAUGCUCUUUUAUUGUGUUCACAAAAUUAUAAUUUAUAUAUUGAUGGAAACAAUAUUACUUAUCCAAUAUCGAAUAUAGGAAAUAAUACAAACAAUAAUUAA